AUGUUCUCCCUUAGAGCAAAUGUAGCUCGAAGAGCUCCGAGAGCCAUAUGCACGCAAUGCUACUCGCUCUCUCGUCCCCUCAGUGCCAUCGCUCUCAAAGCCAGCCUCUCCCGUCCAACACCCUCCCCUACCGCAUUCCUCCCUCGCUCCUCCGCCAUCAUCUUGCGCACCUAUGCGGAUAAAUCCUCCGCCGACGCCAUCAUGGAGAAGCUCCAAGACCAAUACGCCACCGCGCGCGAUGAGUUCGAGAUAGCGGCCGAGGAGACGGAGAAGAAGACCGUGUAUGCGGCGGAUGAUCGGGAGGCUGCACGGACUGAGCUAGAUGUGUUGCGGGGUUUGUAUGAAGAGGCACUGGGGGGUGCGGAUGGGGAGGAGGUGAAGAAAAGAAUUGGGGGGAGGCUUAGGGAGCUGGAGAAUGCGGUUGAGGCAUUGGAGGAAAGUGCUAUUGAGCAUUAG